GCCAGUGAUACAUCUACAAAAAGUACACACAAGAGUUCGGAAGUGUGGUGAAUUUUGUCGUUCUUUUUGACGAUGGCGCCCAAAAAUGUCUGGUUUUUGGCAGCCCUUCUUGGGCUGGUAGUUGUCUUUUCUCCGUCUGUUUUAUCUGAAGGGGAGGACGUGAAGACAGAAGCAGAUGGUGAUGAUGAGAUCUUCACAAUAGGUGAUGACCUUAUAGUGGACAUGGCUGAUGAGGAGGCCCCAAAGGUUGAGGAAGAAGAUGGGGUCCUUGUUCUCACCAUGGAUAACUUUGAUAGCGUGGUCAUGGAGGAAGACAUCAUACUGGUGGAAUUCUACGCACCAUGGUGCGGCCACUGCAAGAGUCUAGCCCCAGAGUAUGCCAAAGCGGCUAAGACUUUGAAAGAUGGCACACCACCCGUUCCUCUAGCCAAAGUGGACGCUACUGCUCAUCCUGACCUCGGUAGCAGGUAUGAAGUACAGGGCUACCCAACGCUCAAAGUAUUCAGAAAAGGAGAAGCGUUUGAUUACGAAGGACCUAGAGAAGAGGGAGGUAUUGUCCGCUACAUGAAAGCACAGUCUGAUCCUAACUGGAAACCACCACCAGAGGCUGUCCUGACUCUGACCACAGAGAACUUUGAUGAAACUGUGGACAAUGUGGACAUCAUCCUAGUUGAAUUCUACGCCCCUUGGUGUGGCCACUGCAAGAAGAUGGCUCCAGAGCUUGAAGCAGCAGCUGGUGUCUUGAAAGACGACACACCACCAAUUCAGAUCGCCAAAGUAGACGCUACUGAGGAGAAAGACUUGGGAACACGCUUUGGCGUGAGCGGUUACCCAACGCUCUUCAUCUUCAGGAAGGGAGAAAAGUUUGAAUACAAUGGUCCACGAGAAAAGAGAGGAAUUGUUGACUUCAUGAGGAAGCAGGCAGGAGACAGCUCAAAGCUUCUCGCUUCUGCCAAAGAUCUCAAAAAUUUCCUCCAAGAGGGCCAAGAUGAUGUUCGCAUCGUCGGCUUCUUUAAGACAGAAGAGGAAGGCAUGUACAAGACGUACCUCAAUGCAGGCAAUGAUCUAAGAGAGGACUACAGCUUCGGUCACACCUUUGACCACCAGUUGAUGAACAAGUACAAGGUCAACCCUAACUCCAUCGUUCUGUUCAUCCCGGAACGAUUCCAGUCAAAGUUUGAACCCAAGAAACACGUCCUCACCAAGGAAGAUGCAACUGCUGCUGAUAUCCAGAGCUUCUAUUCUGCUCACAACAUUCCCCUUGUGGGUCAGAUGACUAAGGGCAAUAUGCAAAAACGCUACAAGGGUAGACCACUUCUGGUGGCUUACUACGAUGUGGACUGGAGUUUUGAUAAUAGAAUCGCCACUGAACGCUGGCGUCAGAUAGUCCUUGCCGUAGCCAAAGACAAGGAGUUCAAGGACGUUACUUUCGCCGUUGCUCAGGAAGAGGAGUUCACCGAUCAGAUGAAGGAGCUCGGGCUGGACGACAGUGGAGAAGAAAUCAACAUCGGAUUGUUUGAUUCCAACGGCAGAAAAUAUAGGAUGGAUCCUGAAGAUGAGUUUGAUGAAGAUGUACUCAGGGAUUUCUUGAAGGCUUGGAGGAAAGAUAAAAUCAAGCCAGUCAUUAAAUCACAGCCUGUCCCGAAAAAACAAGGGCCAGUCAUCGUUGUUGUCGGCAAAACCUUCGAUAAAAUUGUCCUCGAUAAGAAAAAGGAUGUCAUGAUCGAGCUGUACGCCCCGUGGUGCGGCCACUGCAAAAAACUCGAGCCGACCUACAAAAAACUUGCCAAGAAGUUCAAAAACAACAAAAAUAUUGUCAUCGCCAAGAUGGACGCCACAGCGAACGACACUCCAAGUGAUUUCAGCAGUACGGGCUUCCCGACCAUCUAUUUUGCAAAAGCUGACGAUAAAAAGAACCCUUUGAAGUUUGAGGGCGGUGAUCGAUCACUGGAAACCUUGAGUAAAUUUAUUGAGGACAACGCUUCCACACUGAAAUCAGCAAAAGCCAAGGAAGAACUUUAAUGAUAAAAGUAAUACAACAUUUGUAUUUUCUAUAUCUCCCCCUUUCCUUUUUUGUUUUUAAUUAGAGCGGUUGAAAUUUUAUUUCUGGUUAUAAUUACUUUUGAAAGUACUACAAAUUUGUCAAAACCUUUCUUGUCCCAUUUUCACCAAGUUUUCUUUAAAAGACUUAGUGAUAUUCUUGUGUCCAACAGUUUGUGGAACUGCCUGCUUACGUUGCAGAGUACACAUAAAUGUAUGGGAAUGCUUCUUUAAACCAAAGUUCCGGGGCAAGGCUGGCAAAAGAUACCUGGCACUAUCCAAAAUAUUUCGACAUGGGGGAAGGUUGAUUAAAUUAAUUUAUCAUUUGUUAUGCUACACAUUCUCCAGCACCAUAAAAGUGACUGUAUAAUCUAAUUUAUCUAUUAUUUUUCUUUCCAAACUGUUUUUACUAUUUUCCACUCGUUACUAUUUUCCACUUUCAUACCGUUUUAUUUUGUAACGGUUACAGAACUUGCAUUGUGAUGUAGGUUUCAUGACCAAGUUUUGAAACUUAAAAGAAUUUCAGCUUUUGACUGAAAACAUUAAAUGCACAAUUUAUUAUGGAUAUUUAAAAAAUUCCCUCCAAACACAUCUGGUGACUGGUGAAAACAAAAAUUCUCACAGGUUACAGGUUUACAUCGUUCCUUUUUUUGUUAACUCACCAACCAAAGAUUCAAAAUUUGCUUUUUUUCCCCUUUUCUGUUUGAACAUUUACUUCAGGGAAUGACAACAAACAAUUUUGCACUUGUAUGCAAGACACUAACAUUCAUAUUGGUUUUAAUUUAGAUCUUGAUCAGCCUUAUUAAAUCAGUGUACUUAAACAAAAAUUCAAACUGUGA